AUGAAAUCAAAUUUUAAAAACUAUGAGGAUUCAAGAAGACUACAGAUUGCUGUUAUCCAUGGACUGGCACAAAUGGCUGCGAUCAUGGCCUCAACUUACAAGGCAUAUUUGGAUGUAGGCCUUGGCCCAUUAUCGUUUUUGACAAAGUUUAGGAUACCACAUCCAGGAAGAGUUGGAGGGAGCUUUUUUAUCGACCUUGCAAUGCCUUUAAUGUUGAGUUGGGUCCUCGGCGGUAAUGGCUCAAACCUUGAUGGGAGAUCAUUAAGUUGCAGACUCUCAGACAAAGCAAAUGAUCAAUUAAGAAAUUGGUUUGAAGAUGAUGAUGCUCUUGAGCGUGCUGUUAAUGGAGAGUAUGUAUAACAAGCCCAAAAUCUGCCUUUUUUUUUUUUUUUUAUAUACAUAUUUUUAAUAUCAUA